CUUACACAGUGACCAAACAGUCAGGAGUUCUCUUCUAUCAGUGGGCACAUCAUCACACAGCUGACAAUCUGUGAAACUGUUCAUCAGAUUCGGAACUCAUAAGGAACGUGAAUGACCACUCAGGAAAUUACACCACAUUGAGAGCUCUGGAUGGACCAACCAUCAACGUCCUCUGGCCUUGGGGGCCAGCUGUGUUUAGGUUCUCUGUGUGGGUACCCAGUUUGCUUUAGCACAUUAGGGCUUGUUAAGCGUGUUGUGUGUGUGUGUGUGUGUGGUAGUUUGGUGUGUGUAAUGUAUGUGUAGUGAGUGAUCUGAGUGGUGUUAAUAAGCAGGCUCAGACAGGCAGUGUAUGUUAGUGCAGUGGUUUGUGUAUCUGUGCCGGGCCAGCUGCACUCAUGGCUCGUAAACGGGAUGGUGGCUGCUGCCCCCUGCCCCUCAAUGAGGACAAUGCCCGCUUCUGCCUGCUGGCAGGGCUCAUCUUGCUCUAUCUGCUGUGUGGGGCAGCUGUGUUCUCCGCCCUAGAGCGCCCCUCUGAGCUCCGCGCCCGCCUCCUCUGGGACCAGCAGCUGGCCAACUUUACCCUGAGCCACCGGGUGAGCCUGGGAGCCCUGCACGCGCUGCUGCGCCAGUAUGAAGAGGCCAACGGGGCCGGGAUCAGAGUGGAUGCUCUUAGGCCCCGCUGGGACUUCUCUGGAGCCUUCUACUUUGUCGGCACGGUGGUGUCCACCAUCGGCUUUGGUAUGAACACCCCAGCUACCAUCCCUGGUAAGAUAUUCCUGAUCUUCUACGGCCUCAUCGGCUGUGCCGCCACCAUCCUCUUCUUCAACCUCUUCCUGGAGAGGAUCAUCACCAUGCUGGCCUACAUCAUGCGUUGGUGCCACGAGCGGAGGAUGAGGCGCUCGGGGUUGGGGGCUGUGUCAGGGGCCGAGGAGCCCCGCAGUGAGGAGGACAGUCUGGAGGGCUGGAAGCCCUCUGUCUAUUACGUGAUGCUGAUCCUGGGGGUGGCGUCUGUGCUGAUCGCCUGCAGCGCCUCCUCUCUGUACUGCUCCAUGGAGGACUGGAGCUACAUGGACUCCCUGUACUUCUGCUUCGUGGCCUUCAGCACCAUCGGCUUCGGGGACCUGGUGAGCAGCCAAAGGGAGCACUAUGAGGCCCAGGAAGCCUAUCGCCUGGGCAACUGCCUCUUCAUCCUCAUGGGCGUGUGCUGCAUCUACUCGCUCUUCAACGUCAUCUCCAUCAUCAUCAAACAGACUCUCAACUGGAUCCUGGCCCGGUUGGCUUGUCCAGGCCGACGCUGUCCCUGCUCGUGCCCUAAGAGAGGCCUCCGCAGGCGGGUCUGCUGCCCCUGCCUCCAUAAAAAACACUCUGGCUUGAGGCCUCCACCUGCACGACUCCGCCAGCAGCACUUCAAACGCAACGCCGUGCAGCCCACCCCGUCCCAAGUCCCCACAGGGCGACAUCGCUACACGGACGCCUCGGUGGAGACAGUGUGCGACAGCGAGACGGACGCCGGAGCGGGGGUGGACGGGGUCGCUGGGGGUCGGCGUCUCUCUGGGGAGAUGAUUUCGGUGAAUGACUUCACAGCGUCCAAUAAGGUGUCUUUGGCGCUGCUGCAGAAGCAGCUGUGUGAGACGGCCCAGCAGGGCCCCAGGCAGAGCCACGUUCCUCGCCACAAUGGCUUCUCUGGGGGGGUGGGUGCAUUUGCCAUUAUGAACAACCGCCUGCAGGAAACCAGUGUGGACAGGUAGUCCCACCUGACCCCAACCAAACCUAUUCACACCAACUCAGAAAUAAAGCACUGUUUGUGUGGGUUAUUGAAAUAUGACUGCAGCUUGACUGGAUGCUGGAUCUUCUCCUGUUAUGUCUAAAAAAAACUAGCAACGUUUCAUCCUCAGAAUGAGCAUUGUUUGUAGAUCAAACAGUAGUGAAACAGAACAGUUGGCCAUACAUAUUUGCCAAAUUUGUUUUCAAUGUAAAUCAUAUUGAGGUCAGCUAGAUUUCUAGUUGUAGACAUGAUUAUAGCCCAAAGCAUAUCUUUGUUCUGUCUGACAGCUUCUCAGAAUGCCAGACAUUCAUGACAAUCACUGAUCUCCUAUUGAGACAGAAUGAUCCCGUUUGGUUCUGUGGGGGAGAUGCGGUGGACAGACACCUUCCAUUUCAACAGCAUAUGUCUGGAGAGGGUUUGAGAGGCUCAAGUGAUUGGCAGGAAUGCAAUGCUGAACGCAAUCAGGCUUUGUGUGGAGUAUGGAGAUGUGGAGGGGGUCUGGAGGAGACCCACUGAUUUAUGAGAGCCUUUCAGAUGUGUCCUGAGCUCCUCCACAACACAAUGGAUUUGCGUGGGGUGGCAUCAGUGAACAUAGAAAUGUACCCAUAUUCUGUAUUUGUAUCCUGUCACCUAAUGUCUAGGGCUCUGCUAGAGAACCUGUUGAAUAUGUAUCACGGUUCAAUUGUGUUGCGUUAAUUAGAUAGAAAGCCCUCAAGACACACAGUAUGAGAGCUGUAAAAGGAAGAUAAAACCUCUUCAUCUUCUGAUGGC